AUGUUGAAAAGUUCCUACCGUCCUGGGUCAUCUACUUUCCAGCGUAUUCUCACGGAACUUGUUAAGCAGGGUUCUGCCCUUGAAUCUGCUAUCUUGGUGAUACUAAUGUUAAAGAAACAGAUAAAACAAAAUAUCAGUCUCUCAACAGAUACCGUUAAGCUACUCUUCACAAGUGGCAUGCUGGAUAGGGCAUUUGAGGUUGUUAGAAGAUUUUAUGAGAAUGUUUUAAUGAAUCUGUGUAAAGCCCAUAGGGCGUCUGAAGCAGUUGACCUUUACUAUAAAAUGUUAGAGAAAGGAAUUCAACAACCUUUGGGCUGCAUAGAAGAUUUGAGAAGUACUCUGGAAGCUCAAGGGAAGUUGAAGGAAGCUGAAUUUGUUACCAAGAGGAUGCCAAGUUCACAUGUUUAA